AUGCCACAUGCUCGUGCCUUCACCCCCCUUAGAGGGAACCACAUGCCAGAUCCUUACAGAUCUUAUCACGAUCGUAUGGCUAUCGAAGACACUCGCUAUGACUACUAUGUUGCUUAUUGUGGAACAGUUCCGUGGGAUGACGAUGCAUUAUAUUCUGGAUGGUUGGCGUAUCGUUCGACCAUCAUUGUUCGCCAUCUUCCGGAGCGCGUCAUGCGGCAGUUUGGCUACUGUCAGACGAUACCUCGCCACCCUUCUAUCUCUGCUAAUAUUGGGAUAGCCCGUCGGCAAAUAGAUGAGGCCUUUGCAGACAUUGAGCAUCACAUGGUUCCAGAUGAGGACAUGUGGGCACUUGUCGAUAGUGGCAGAGUAGCCGGUAGACGAGGUGGUGGACGCAGAGGUGGCAUGAGAGGCGAAGGAAAGGAUGUUGCCCGACACACACAGUGGUGA